ACCAACAAUCCCGAGGGAAUAUCACAACGUCCAGACAUAGGAGGAGAUGGCAAUAUCAAUGUUCCGUUAAAGCCCGAGGAGUUGUAUACAUUUAAGCUACGCCAAAAUGAAUUUGUCAUUGAAAGCCUCUUUGAAGGCUACCUUCCAAACUUUUCGGAUACGAGACUCCAAACUGCGGUCUUGAUGCCAGUCACGCCCUUACCACAAGCAUCAUCAGAAACG